AUGACUUCGCUGCCCGUUCCUGAAGACCAGCCUUUAGUGCUCCCCCCGUCCGAAUCAGAAGACACAUUGUCUGGUUCUAAACGUGAUAAAAAUGAAUAUCCCACCCUGGGAGAAGUCUCUCCUUCAUGGUUCCAGAGACUCGGCGUGGCCGUGGGGUUACUAACAGUCCCUGUUGUGUAUUUGGUAAUACUUGAAAUGGUCGCUUACAAUUCUGGAAAGAAGCAGAGUUCAUUCGGCGAUAACACGCUUGAAGUCCUGCAAAUUGCUUCUACCUUCUGGCCUAUCUCAUUCGCGGCGGUCAUCGGGCCCUUCCUCAGAACCGUAGCCCUCUAUUGCGCCGAACGAGGGUCGACUCUUGGUUCCCUCGAGUUCUUGUUGACUAGCCAGACUACCGUUGCCGCUGUCAAGAAUCUCUUUGCUUUUCGUCAUAUACAUAUAUGGACUAUUGGUAUUAUAGCAAUAUGGACCUUCAGUCCUCUGGGAGGCCAAGCAGCUGUUCGAUCUCUAUACCUCCAGCCAUCUACGCACACCGAGAAACUCAAUGCUGUGCAUUACUUCUCUCAAGUCCCUCUUAGGACAUUAUGCGAUUAUCGGAGAAGAAAAUCUUUUCCAAACCAGACGUGUGGAAGCAUAUUUGGUCAAGAUGGAUCUGUAUCGGGAUUGAUUCCUGCUUUUCGAAGGGCUGCUUUCGCUGCUUUGUCGAGACCGGACGUUCUGGCAUCUCAUCCCGAUGUUUUGGCCGAUGAUUACGAAGCUGUGAUAGGGCGGCUAGGAGGGGUUUCCCGGGCAGCCCGUCUUGGGAAGCAAGACAUAUGGCGCAACGUCCGUGUUCCAUUCAUGGAACUCUUGUCCGAAUAUGAUCACCAUGCUCCUGAGUCAUGGAUUCAAAUACCUUCUGACAAGAUUGUGCCAUACUCAUCAUUUGUCGGUGUACCAACCCGCAAAGCAUCUCGUCCUGAAGCGGCUGGAAACUCUAGCAUGCUUUUGCGCACCCGUUAUCAAACUCUCAACUGCAGCGAUGCACUUAACGGGACGUCUUUGUUAAAACACAAAGGUCCCGAGUCACUGAUACUUUACCAUGACACAAACCUUACACAUUCUAUCCCACUGGAACACCAGAGUCUCAACUACAUAAUGGAUACCGAGCCAAACCUUUGGAUGGAUCUUGUCGCAAACGAUGCAGCCCUUUUACAUUUCAAAGACGACCUUGACGCAGAAGUGGAAUCUCCGCUACAGUUGGUAGUCGGUGGACAGUGUGAUGGUGAUCAUAUGAUUCGCUUUUGUGACAUCGUCACUUCAUACGUAGAUGUUGACGUUAGUUGCAAACGGUCGAGCAGAACAGAUGACCUCAAUUGUGAAGCUGAUCGAAUUCGACGGACUCCUGACUCAAAAUAUUCGAUAAACCUGUCAGACAUGUCGUACAUGCCCGUCUCUGAACGUCUUGUAUUCGAAAUGCCCUUCACAACCGCAUCUUACGACUCGCAUAUGCCUAGUCUUCUUGAGCGAUACAUCCAUCAACCUUCGACAGCAUUCAGCACCGAUAGUAUCGACUUUUCAGAUCACUGGCCGGCCUGCUAUUCAAAUUUAUCUCGACAACUCUUCGAGGCUAGGUUCGCCACAGUUCUUAAUACAUUCCUCAUGGCCUCGUAUGAUAGUAUUACUCUGACAGGUGCUGAAAGUACCCUUGAGUAUGAUAUCGACACACAUGGCAACGUCGCCUGGCAAAAUACCAUUGCCACUUGGACCGAGUUUACAGACAGCAUCUAUGUCAUGAAUAUAGCAUGGUAUUUCACCUUUAUCAUAUCAACAAUAAUAUUAUUAGGAUGUGCUAUUGCCAAUGUUGUUAUUCGGGAGUUGAUAUUGGCCCCCGACUUUCUAGAUAGCGUCGACGGGCUGACGCGGGAUUCUCCUUUUGUCGAUAUCCCAAGCGAGCCUUGCGCAACGGGAAGCGGAGUCAGUUCAAGGGAUCGACUACAGGCAACGAAAGAUAUCCGAGUUCAGAUAAGAGACGUGGAGCCGGAUGGAGUUGUUGGGAGAAUCGCGCUGACGACCGACACGACCGACAAAAGACUGGAUUGGGACAGGGCAUAUGUUUAG